AAAGCGGAAGUAGCUGCAGGUGGGUCGACGCACUUCCGGCAACAGAAAUGCCAAUGGCGGACUCGAAAAACAUACGUGUUUGUAGUGUCCCGCAGUGCUCAAAUUCCAAACAAAAACAGUCAUAUAUCCCCCUCGCAUUGAAGAAGAAGUGGGGGCAAGCAAUUAGAAGAGCCGUCGAGGAAGCCCAUUCUGUAUAUUUGCAACUUACACUUCAACCCUGGCAACUUCGUCAGACCGCAAGGGUCUGAAGCCGGAGGCUGUUCCUAGACGUUUCCAAUGGAACGACUAUCAUCCCGCAACAACGCGGGAAUCUGGAUAUGAAAGGGCAAAGGCUCGUCUUGGAGUUGAUGUUCGAGAAAACGAGAACCAGGAGCCGGACACUUAACUGUGACCACGACUAUACGAAACCUCCUCUUGGGAGCCAGUAUACGGUUGCUAUGGAGAUGGCUCCAGAAGACAUAGUGAUUCAGGAGACCUUGGGGGCAGAGGUGGAGCUACUGGAGGAUAUGAACAAAGCCCACAAGCAGAGUCCACCGGAGAUCCCCAGGUUUUCUGUGCCACGUCCGUUCUCCAUGCCAGAGGACUCGAGUGACGAUGACUGUGACCUGUCAGGGGACAGCGUCUCUGCUUACGGCAUGCAUUCCAUGGAGCUGGGGGGAAAGUGCUGGGAAUGUGGCGUGCAAUUCAAGUCUGGCCAGGAGUUGAUCGAACACUUUGAGAGCCACAGGUCCAAGGUCUCAACGUCCUGCAACAUCUGUCGGGUGACUUUCAGUCGCACAAUAUCACUGGCUAUGCACCUAGUCAACGCACACCCAAACUCAAUCCUCCAUUGCAGCAACUGCCAGCUGCAUUUCAGCAACUUGUGGGAUCUCAACAAGCACAUUGGAAUACACUUGUUCACCGAGUUGUUAAGUACACCCCUUGGGGACAUCUCAAAUAAUGUCUUGAAUAGCAGUGAAGAGACUUUAAAGGGACAGCAUACUGUUCCUUCAGUGGUGGCUCUUGACCAUGAGGACACCUCAAAUGAUGGCUUGAAUGGAAGUGAAGAGACUUUAAAGGGACAGCAUACUGUUCCUUCAGUGGUGGCUCUUGACCAUGAGGACACCUCAAAUGAUGGCUUGAAUGGAAGUGAAGAGACUUUAAAGGGACAGCUUACUGUUCCUUCAGUGGUGGCUCUUGACCAUGAGGACACCUCAAAUGAUGGCUUGAAUGGAAGUGAAGAGACUUUAAAGGGACAGCAUACUGUUCCUUCAGUGGUGGCUCUUGACCAUGAGGACACCUCAAAUGAUGGCUUGAAUGGAAGUGAGGAGACUUUAAAUGCACAGUGUACUCCACCUUCAGCGGUGACCCUAGACCAUACAUACAGCAUGGAAAGCAAUGGGAGAGUGUCAAAGACAAGACAUAGGCUGGAGGAAUCAGAGGAGGAGGAGGAAGAUGUCAAACCAGACCCCUCCACUCUGACUCCCUCACUGAGGAUCCGUGUCAAACUGGAGAGAGGGGUUGAGGUUGAUUGCGCCCCCCUCCAGUGGGAUGAGGGGAUGAACGAUGGAGAGGGGGGUGAAUAUAGCGAAGACACUGAGAGCGCUGGAGGAGCAGACAACGACAGGUUAACAGAGAGCAGCGGGGAAACGGAUGUCGAUGAGGAGGACAUCAGACUGAGUGAAGAAGAGGAGGAGGAGGAGGAAAUUAAAAGCAAACAGGGGGAGGAUAGGAAUAAUGACAUCCACAGCGAAGAAGAGGACGAGGAUGCUGAGACGCUUAUUGACCAAGAGGGUGAGCCCUCCUCGUCUGAGCGGGAGUCAGAAUUUGACCCAGAAGAGUUAUCAGAUUCUGACUCGAGAUCCAGCAGCACUGGGGAAUCCAGUGGGUCUUCUUACACUCCUGUACGCACACGGAACGCCAAGACCCGGCCAUCCCGGACUAAGCAGCACAAGACCAAGUUGUCCCAAGUCAAGCCUUAUUAUUGCAUCUAUUGUGCCAAAGGACCGUAUCAUAAUAUGGAAUUUCAUGUGAAGACCUGCAAUAUGAAGAAGGACUUUCAAUGCUCUUUAUGCCAAGCAGUCUUCCCUACCGAGAUGGCCAUGUUGGACCAUCAGGUUCGGACUCACUCUGAAGCCAUAUCGGGCCAAAUGUACGCCUGUGAGUUCUGCCGCCAGGUCUUCCCCGAUCUGGCCAUCUACAAAAACCACAACUGUCCCAAAAAAGACACACCCACGCCAUAUGUCCCUGAUCCCACUACGUGUAUCUAUUGUGGAACAGGGCCAUUCAUUAACAUGGACGUUCAUUUGAGAGGCUGCAGUUGGAAAGGCCUUACAUGCACUGAGUGCAGGGUACUCUUCCAUAAUAGGAAGGCCCUGCAGAACCAUAACGUUUCAGUUCACGGACAGCUUUCCACUAUGUGUGCGGUUUGCGGCAGAGGGCCAUUCACUGAUAUGGACUUCCAUUUGAGGAGCUGCUCUAGGGAUUGGUCCUUCCAAUGCUCUGAGUGCAAAGUCCAAUUUCCUUCUGAGAAAUCUCUGGUGGACCAUAAUCUUAAAUAUCACAGUGCCACAUUAAAGACCUCUGACCAAGGUGUCUGUGUUUAUUGCGGCUGUGGACCAUUCACUAGUCUGGACAUCCACAUGAGGACCUGCUCUAAGCAGAAGGGCUUAAAAUGCUUUGUGUGCAAAGUUUUUUUUCCUACUGAAUCAGUCCUGGCUGAUCAUAUGGUUUGCUAUCAUAGCACCCCAUACCAUGUCCAUAGAACCCCAUACCACGUCCAGAGCAUCCCAUACCAAGUCCAGAGCACGGACUCUGAGACCGCUGAAGGUACCUGUCUCUAUUGUGGCAGAGGUCCAUUCACUAGUCUGGAUAUCCACUUGAGGACCUGCUCUGGGAAGAAGGGCUUCAAAUGCUUUGUUUGCAACGUUUUCUUUCCUACAGAGACAGCCCUGGCCGACCAUAAGGUUCUCUUUCACAGUAUCCCAUCAGAGACCCCUGACAAAGGUACCUGUGACCAUUGUGGCAAGGGGCCAUUCACUAAUCUGGACAACCACAUGAAGACCUGCUCUAGGAGGAAGUGCAUCCAAUGUUCUGUGUGCAAGUUGUUCUUUCCUAGUGAUGUCCUGGCCAACCAUAUGAUUUCCUAUCACAGUACCAAAUCCCGAGUUCAGAGCCCAGUCACAGAGAAGCCUGACAACGGUGCCUGUGUCCGUUGCGGCAGAGGGCCCUUCACUAGUCUGGAACAUCACAUGAAGUACUGCAAUAAGCAGAAGGGCAUCCAAUGCGUUAUGUGUAAAGCUUACUUUCUUACUGAGGGCAGUCUGGUGGACCAUAUUGUUUUAGCUCACGCUGACAAGCUGGUCACCCAAGCUGGUGGGUCCUCCGCUACGACUUUCUCCUUCGUACCCAUGGCUAUCUCUACCACCUCAGGCCAGCAGAGCCCCAGUAGCUCCACCCUGAUGUGUUGCAGUAGUGGCCAUAAGGAGCUGAAACGACUGGCCCCAGUCCCAGUGUCUGAUCAGGGCCACCGUGCAGUUGGCCAGCUAACACCUGCUGGACAGUCUGUGUCUCUGCCUAGAGUAAUGCUGUCUACCACCUCCUCUUCCCAGCCAGCUGUUCCUGUGGUGGCCACCUUGCUCAUUGACAACACUGGUGGUGGUCCAGCGAAAAUUGCCAGGCUGGUCCCAGUUGCCCCACAGACCAACCCCCCCAAAACGCAGGUCACGGCACCCACGCAUACUAAUACAGCAAAGCCCCUUGGGCAGUUCUCUAACCUUCUGCAACAAACUGUCCAUCAGGCAAAAUCUGUCCAACAGCAGACACCCAGGCCCAUUGCCCUAGCCAUGGAUCCUAUCAGAUCCCCCACCACCCCAUCCCCUAGAUCUGUCUCAGCCUCUGCCCCGGGGAAAAUCACCAUGAUCCACCUCUCACCUGUCCCCACCCCCCCCCUAGCGCAGUCUUCCCCCCUUACCCUUGCCUUUGCCCCAGCCCCUCUAAGCAUCAUGUGUAUGUUUGUGAAUAGAAGUAAGGAGCUGGCCCUGGAGAAACGCAUGAAGAUGAGCUGGCGCUCCAAGUGCACCUACACCUGCCGCCAGUGCGGUGCCGUCUCGCAGCAGCCCUCGCUCAGUGUGAAGCACCGCUACCUCCACCGGGGCUCCCGGCGGUACCGCUGCCACUGUGGUAGGUCGUUCCUGCGGCGGCUGCACCUCCUGCGCCACUAUCUCCAGCACGCCCAGGCCACCCGCUACAUAUGCACUGCCUGCGGGGAGACCUUCGACGGAGCAAAGUGCCUCGCACAGCACAUGGUUGGAGCUUCCAACACGACUCGAUGUCCAGGUGACAGCAUAACUUUGAAGCUGAGGAAAGCGUGCCGGAUGCCCUUCUCCUGUCACUGUGGGCAGGUGUUUUGUAGGCCCGCUGCUUUUCUCUGGCACAAACUGAAAAACACCCAAAGGACUUAACACUGAAAUGGGCCCACAGCAGGGCCCAGUCUAGGCCCUAUUCAAAGCAGUGGUUUUUCCAUGGCUCACACAGGCAGGCAAGCCUAUCAUUUACUAUGUUACGGGUAGAGGAGGACAAUGCAGUUUGUGGACUUGCUUGACUUUUUUCACUGAAUGAAAGAUGAUUCCUUAAGAAAUAAUCUGUGUAUGUAUUGGUUUAAAAUGUGUUUUCACUUCCACUAAAACAUUGUUUUCACCAAAAGAGCAAAAAUACAAUCAUAUUAAAAUUAUAUAUUUUA